AUGUCCACCGCCGUCACACUCCCGGAGCCGUUCGCCUCCAUCCCCAGGUCCAGCCUCACAUUCGGGCCAUCACCAAUCCAGGCCCUCCCCAAGAUCUCACAAGCCCUCGGCGGCAAAGUGAACGUCUACGCCAAGCGUGAAGAUGUUAACUCAGGCCUGGCGUACGGCGGCAACAAGGUCCGCAAGCUGGAGUACCUGGUCCCACAGGCCAUUUCGGAAGGCGCCGACACGCUCGUCUCCAUUGGCGGCGUCCAGUCCAACCACACCCGCGCCGUCACAGCCGUCGCCGUCGCCAGCGGGCUCAAGGCGGCCACCGUGCAGGAGCACUGGGUCGACUGGACGGACCCCGGCUACGAGAAGGUCGGCAACCUGCAGCUGAGCCGGCUCAUGGGUGGGGACGUCCACCUGGACCCGAGCGGCUUUGGCAUCGAGCACAAGACCACCCUGGCGAACCUCACCAAGGACCUGGAGAGCAAGGGGCAGAAGCCGUAUUACAUUCCGGCGGGCGCAAGUGAUCACCCCUUUGGGGGGCUGGGCUUUGCGAGAUGGGCAUUCGAGGUGGAACAGCAGGAAGCAGAACUCGGCGUCUUCUUUGAUACUGUCCUCGUGUGCGCCGUCACUGGGAGCACAUUUGCUGGCAUGAUCGCUGGGUUCAAGCUGGCGCAAAAAAACGGGGGUAAGCCCAGGAGGGUCAUCGGCAUCGACGCGAGUGCCAAGGUGAAGCAGACUUUUGACCAGGUUCUGAGGAUCGCCAAGUUCACCGCCGAAAAGAUCGGUCUGUCCGAAGAUGACAUCACGGAGAAGGAUGUCGAGCUGGUGGACAGGUAUCAUGCUGGCACCUACGGUAUUCCGGAUGAGCAGACCAUCGAGGCCAUCAAGUUCGGUGCCAGCACGGAGGCCUUCAUUACAGACCCCGUGUACGAGGGCAAGAGCCUGGCGGGUAUGAUGGACAUGAUCAAGAAGGGGGAUAUUCCUGGAGGAAGCAACGUAUUGUACGCUCACCUGGGUGGUCAGCUGGCCCUAAACGCGUAUUCAACGAUACCAUAG